AGGGGUCAGUGAAAAUAUGCAAGGACUGGAAAGAACUAAAAAACAGAAAGAGUCAGUGAAGACAGAACUUAAAGAAGAACAGAAGAGAUUCUUGCAACAUAACUUACAAGAUGAAAUGUCUAAAAACAAUGUGUCUUUGAUUCCAAAAGAUCUUAAGGGUAACGAUUUUUCCUCUGACAAAGAUGAUCAAUGUAACCCUUCUGAAGUACUUAAACAGCAUGCUGUUUCAUCAUCUGAACACUCCAAUCAUGCCUAUCCUCUUGCAUCCAGUAAAUAUGUUCUUGACCAUAAUUGUCCAGCAACUGACCUGGAAUAUGAUCCAUUGCUAAACUAUUCUGCAGGCUUACUUAGCUCUUCUUUAGCAAAAGAGGAUGAAAAUGACAAACAGCAAUUUCAGCAGGUGGAAGCAUCUCCUUGUGACAAUCAGCAGGUGUUUUUGGAGACUGUAUUUGAAAACAAACAUUGUUCUCCAAAGAAGAGAGCAAGGAGCUCUUCACCUAUAAAACUUGAAAUAAACCUCCAAGAAUCUGAUGAUGAUGAUGUUCUUGUAAUUGAUGUUCCUCCAUUGACUCUCACUAAGAAGCCAAAAAUAAGUAGGAGCUAUAAAAAAUUGGAAUGGGAAGAAAAAUGUGCUUUUGUAACACUUGCAGAUAAUCUGCAGAACAGAGAGGGAGCAGAAGAAUGCAAGUCUGCAGAGGAAAAAAGAACACUGGGCAGUGGAGGUCUACAGAAAAAUAGCAAGGGUUUAGGCAACACUGAAGAAACACUGAAAAUGUCAUCAAAAACUCAAAGCACAAACUUCCUGGAUGUGAAAAUUGAUGUCUUAAAGGUUUCUAAUAACCUCCAAGAACACAGAAAUGCUCUUACUAAUUCUAAUGAAAAUAACAUUCCUUUGCUUUUUCGUACUGUGGUAGGAAUGCAGAAAGAAACAUUGAAUACAAGUAACGCACAGACUGAAAUGCCAGUGAAAACAUCUAAUGUUGAAGAACAUGCUAAUUACAACUUCCCAAGUGCCCCAAGUAUGCUCCAGAUAAGUUGGUGUUCUGAAGAUAGUUUAAAAGAUAGAUCUGCUGUAACCCAGGGUACUCCUAAGAAAUUAUCAGAAAAUACAAAUGAAGCUCUGUGUACCUGGGAAAAUGGGAGAGACAAACUGCUGGACAACAUAUCUAGCCAUCCAUCUGAUAAAUUAAAUUUGUUCAAAGAAACUGGUCCUGAUACAGGUGUCUUAAUUAAAAACUUUAAUGAAGGAAGUGAUAGUUGUAGGAUUCAAGCUAACAGCAAAGAAAGUGAAAUAAUUGUAUUAGAUUCUUCUUCUGAAGAGAUGGAUUAUAGUGAAGAGGAUUCAUCAGUCUCUGAAUCAGAUGAUCCCACAGAAGAAUGCCGGAGAAUUUUCAAUGAGUUUGUUGAAAGUGAAGCACUGAAGGAAAAGAUGGCUAACCAGGCCCAUGGUAUAAAUUCUGAAGCUGAGGCAUUGGAUUGCAAGACAAAUACAGGUUUUGGGCAGAAGAAAAGAAUUGCUCAUACUGCAAAAUUUGAUGUACAAACUAGCAAAGAAAUAAUUGUGCCUUUUAAAGCACCUCCUCCACAGCAGGCCAAUGCCAGAAUCCUGCAGGUACAGCACCAGGCAGCGCAGAUAACAGCUGCUGUUAAGAGUGGCCAAGCUUUUGUUGCUGCAACUUCUGGGCAGAAGAAAAAUGUAUCUGGAUCAUCAAUGACUCAGAGUCAAAGUGUCGGAUCAGUGGUUUCUUUAAAUAUGCUUGAAGUUCAGCCUGUUACAACCAGUCAACUAAAUGUGGUUCUACAAGGAAAUGCUGUAAUGGGAAUGCCGUACAGAUCUUCUAAUCUUUCAGUAAAACGGACUGCACCCAUGCCUAUGAAGGUUUCUACACGGAGGAGGCCUUCUGUAGUUCCAGAAUCUGGAUCCAAAGUAUCACAUGACACAAGGCAACGAUAUGUCAACUUCUUUGUUGAAGAAUAUAUGAAAAUUUGUAGAACAGUGAAUGAAGCAUUUGACAAGGUUUGUGACUUAUGUUUAGGGCAAGCUAGUGGCAGCAGAUCUACCAAUGCAAAUGGAUCCGGAAAGUCAGAAGAAAAGAACGAUCUUACAGGAAUUGUUCUCUAUAGACUACUGAAAGACUACAUUCUGACUGACGAACAACUAAAUGUAAAUAACUUUCCGCAACCAAAUCCUGAAAAGCCUGGCAGUGCUAUGUUGAAUGGAGUUACAAAAACAGCUGCAUCUGACCCUUGCAAAAGAACAUGCUGUAGAUGUGGAAAAAUAUAUGCUGUAACUUCUUCAGGAAAGCAUAUUCGUAAAGAAGAAUGCAACUACCAUUUUGGUAGAGUACAGAGACAUAAAGUUCCUGGUGGCAUGGAAUCCCGCUACAGUUGUUGUGAAGGAGUGGUGGGGUCUCCUGGAUGCCAAGUUGCAAAGCUCCAUGUCCGUGAUGGGCGAAAAGAAAACCUAGAAGGCUUUAUGAAGACCUUUAUCAAACCACCUCCACCUGAUGGGAACCAUGGGGUGUAUGCACUGGACUGUGAGAUGUGUUACACAACACAAGGCCUGGAGCUUACUAGAGUGACAGUUGUUGAUCCCAACCUACAGGUUGCCUAUAAUACAUUUGUUAAACCUGAUAAUGACAUCAUAGACUACAACACAAGAUUUUCUGGAGUCACAGAAGAAGAUCUGAAGAACACUACAACAACUAUUCGGGAUGUACAGGCCAUCUUGUUAAACUUGUUCAGUGCAGCUACUAUUUUAAUUGGUCACAGCUUGGAAAGUGAUUUAUUUGCUGUUAAGCUAUUCCAUAACACUGUUGUGGACACAUCAAUAGUGUUUCCUCAUCGGCUAGGUUUGCCUCAUAAAAGAGCACUUAAAAAUCUAACGGCUGAUUAUCUCAGAAGAAUUAUUCAAGAUGAUGUUGGUGGUCAUGAUUCUAGGGAAGAUGCUGCUGCUUGUAUGGAACUAAUGCUUUGGAAAGUAAAAGAAGAUAAUAAGGGUAGAAAGUGGUGAUCUCUUCACUUCAAGAAUAACACAAGAAAUGUGAAACUACUUACUUUUCCAUAACUUUCCAGUUCCACUCCCUCAUACAACAGGCAACAGAUGAUACUAGGAAAGCCUUUCUUUCUGUUACUUGUUCACAUUUGAAACUUACAUUAAAAGACCAAAAUGCUGUAA